AUGGAUAAGCGAAAGAAGAAGACUGCUGGAACAGCGCGGAAGGGAAGAAAGGGCCACAAAACUCCCACUCGGAGAGGCAAGACGACCACAUUCGACGAAGAUGUCUCCACCGUCAGUAAGUUAUUUUUGUGGCGCAAUGCAAAGGUAGAAUGAGGAGAUACGACGUUUUGAUCGUAAAAUUUUCGGUGGUAUCUUUGAAAUUAUCAUUCGAAAAGUGCGACUCUUUGCCAAAAAUUUGGACACUUUGAAUAUUACGAAAUAAACUUUCGAAAUUUCAGAUGGACCCACCAUGGACAUCCCGGAAGAUUCGGAUGACAAAACUCAGAUCCUGCCCGCAGGGGCAGUUCAGCCCAAAGUCGUCGGAGACACUGAGACCGUCACGUUUCUCGUCGAAUUCCUGGACCGACUGAAGGUCGCUGGAGUCGAGGGUUUGAAGAAGGAAUACGCCGAGUUGAAGAAGUUCGUGCCUCCACAAGCAACGACCAACGCUUUCAACGAGAAUCGGACGAGAAAUCGGUACAACGACCAGCUCUGCUACGAUCACACCCGAGUCCGAUUGUGGUAUAAUGUCCCGCCCGACACCGACUAUAUCCAUGCAAAUUACACGAACCUCGAGGACCUGGCGCACACCAUGAUCUGCACUCAGGUAGAUUGAUGGGACCAAAGUAAUGGGUCGUUUACAGGGACCGCUGCAAGACACCGUCAACGAUUUUUGGCGGAUGGUUUAUCAGGAGAAGUGCUACGGAAUCGUCAUGUUGUGUCAGAUGGAGGAGUUGGGCAAGGUGAAGUGCGUCCAGUACUUUCCCAAAGCAAACGGAGAAACAUUGCCAUAUGGAUCGUUGAUGGUCAGAAAUGUCAAGGUAACUGUUGACAUCAGUCUUGGCAAUCGCAUUUUAGACACAACCACAAGACCGGUCGUAUGAUAUGGUAACGAUGGAAAUUGGCAAAAACGCAACUCCCUUUGUCCCGGAACACACCUUCAGAAUGUUUCAGUGGAAGGAUUGGCCAGACAAACACGUCCCGAACACUGGAAUGGGGAUCCUCAGAUUGGUCAGAACGAUCAGGGGCGCGUGCAAAGGAAAGCCCAAUUGUAAUGCGGUGGUUGUUCAUUGCAGUGCUGGAGUUGGACGGACCGGAACAGUGGUGGCUUUGGCCGGGAUCAUGGCUAAGAUCAUGGAGAAGAAACCUUUCCUCGUAAGUUGUGAACUUGCACCGAAAUAAUUGCUUUUUCUCGAAAAAGAAGAAACUUUUCGAAAAAAAGUAAGAAAAUGCGUUUUAUCGGAUAGUGACAUUUCGUUUUGAACGAAUCACCAAAAAGGGGCGGGAAAUUUUUUUCUUCUAUUUUGGAUUGACGUGUGACGUGCCUUUUGUCAAUUUUGGAGUUUGAUAAAAUAAUGUUUUAGGUGUACAACGUUGUGAGAGAGCUCAGAUCCAUGCGCUUCAACGCCGUUCAGACCGAAAUCCAGUACCUCUACAUCCACCGUGUGAUUUGUGAUUACAUCCAGGUGAAAGGAAUCAAUCAUCCGGCUCUUUCUUCGUAUUACAAAGAGUACAAUGAAUACAUUGCAGCUCAUCCACCACCGAAAGAGACCCCGAAAGAUCCGAAGAAGGACGGAAAGGAUGUCACCAAAGAACAAUAG